GCUCCCCCAGCGCGAUGCGGGUCACGCCGGGCACCGGGCGGGAGGGGCGCUGAGCUUCUCCUCACUUUGCCUUUUCUUUCUGCCUUCUCCCCCGCCCCAAGGAUGAGCAGAGCCGAGGGCAUCAACUUCAGGCGGGCGGCCAUCCGCAGGAAAUCCACCCCGAGUCUCGGCCCCGUUCCGUACAGAGCGGCGCCCACCCUCCUCGCCGGCGCCCCGCGGGGUGAGCCCGCCCGGAGCUCGCCCGCAGGCAACAGCGUCUGUACAAAAUCCUUAAUAUUGUCUAGAUCUCAUCCAGCAAGUGCCACAACCAGGCUAGUUGAGCAGAAUGUACACAAUGAAGCGGCUCAGGGAAUAAAUGGAAGCGUGCCAGUCAAACAGUCCCCACGUUCAGCCUCAAAUCCAAAGCCACAAGUGCCUCCAAAGCCACUUCAUCUGCAGAAGCUAUCACCUGUUACAUACCAAACCUCUAGGCAUAAAGCUUUAUCAAGUUCGAAGCCAAGAAUGGAGGAAGAUACACCUACUCCUGUUUCUAGUGUCACAAAAGAAAAGUCCAGUAAAGUGUCAGAUCUCAUCCACCGUUUUGAGGGAUGCAGCCCAUUCAGUCCUAUUGACUUGAAGAAAGAUUCCUCUGCUCUCAAUGUCUCUAAAUCUCACGGAAGAUAUGGGUCAACGCCACCACCUCAGCCAAAACUCCCCUCCCAACACCCACUGCUAAAACAGGGAAACAGUAAUACCGACAAAACUCAGGUUGCACAGACACACACAGCCAAUGGAGUAGUAGCACAAGACCAGGAACGUGAGGACAGAAGGAUACUUGGCAGAGAUUCUACAGUGUCCAUCCUGGUUCCAGAUAAUUCUAUCAACAGCAGCUUGAUAAAUGGAGAAAGAAUAAGCACAUCCAGGGAUUCUCUGGAAACUACAACUUCCUAUGAAGGAUCAGUACUUAACAGCUGCUACAGGACUCCAAGCAGUGAUACACUGCUCCCAUCUGACAAUGAAAUUAAUACUAAUGUGGAAGAAGAACCGAACGAGGAAAUGAUCAAACAAGACCAACCUGCAGAAACAAAGGAGACAGAUGAACAGAAGCGUCACAAAAUUGCCAGUGAACUUCUGCAAACAGAAAAAGCCUAUGUUAGCCGCCUUGGCCUCCUAGAUCAAGUAUUUUACUCCAGACUCCUUGAAGAAGCCAACAGAGGUUCUUUUCCAGCUGAAGUGAUUAACAAAAUCUUUUCUAAUAUUUCAUCAAUAAAUGCCUUCCACAGUAAAUUUUUACUUCCCGAACUUGAGAAAAGAAUGCAAGAAUGGACUACCACCCCCAGAAUUGGAGAUAUUCUGCAGAAAUUAGCUCCUUUUCUCAAGAUGUACGGAGAGUACGUGAAGAAUUUUGAUAAUGCAAUGGAAUUGGUGAAAACAUGGACUGAACGGUCACCUCAAUUUAAAUUCAUCAUUCAAGAUAUUCAGAAGGAAAAAGUGUGUGGAAGUUUGACAUUACAACAUCACAUGCUAGAGCCUGUACAACGCAUUCCACGCUAUGAGAUGCUUCUAAAGGACUACCUAAGGAAAUUGCCUCAGGACUCCCUAGACUGGAAAGAUGCUGAAAAAUCCCUGGAAAUUAUAUCCACUGCAGCAAGCCACUCAAAUAGUGCAAUAAGGAAAAUGGAGAAUCUAAAGAAAUUGUUAGAGAUAUAUGAGAUGCUGGGAGAAGAGGAAGACAUUGUGAACCCUUCAAAUGAACUGAUAAAAGAAGGACAGAUCCUUAAACUUGCUGCUCGCAAUACAUCUGCUCAAGAACGGCACCUUUUCCUUUUUAACAAUAUGUUGCUCUACUGCGUCCCCAAAUUCAGCUUGGUAGGAUCAAAGUUCUCAGUUCGAACCAGAGUUGGCAUAGAUGGUAUGAAGAUUAUAGAAACUCAUAAUGAAGAAUACCCACACACUUUUCAAGUGUCUGGAAAAGAGCGAACGCUGGAGUUGCAGGCCAGUUCUGAACAAGACAAGGAAGAAUGGAUAAAGGCGCUUCAGAAUACCAUAGAAGCUUUUCAGCAGAGAAAUGAAACUUUCAGAAAUGCUAUUGCUAAGGAAUAUGAAGACAUGCCCGUGGAGGUUUCUAACGCUGAGCUUGGGAAAAGGGCGCCAAGGUGGAUCCGAGACAAUGAAGUGACCAUGUGCAUGAAAUGCAAGGAGCCCUUCAAUGCACUGACAAGAAGGCGGCACCACUGCCGAGCGUGUGGACACGUGGUUUGCUGGAAAUGUUCUGAUUAUAAGGCACAUCUUGAGUACGAUGGCAAUAAAUUGAAUAAAGUUUGUAAGGACUGCUAUCAUGUUAUAAUUGGUUGUACUGACAGUGAGGAAAAGAAGAAGAAAGGCAUCCUGGAGAUCGAAUCUGCUGAAGUCUCUGGAAAUAGUGUCAUAUGUAGCUUUCUUCAGUACAUGGAAAAAUCAAAGCCCUGGCAGAAAGCAUGGUGUGUUAUACCUAAACAGGAAGCUGUUGUCCUGUACAUGUAUGGUGCUCCACAGGAUGUUAAAGCUCUGGCUACCAUUCCACUUCUGGGCUAUACAGUGGAUGACACCCCAAGAAGUGCUGACCUCCCACACAGCUUCAAACUGACCCAGUCGAAGUCUGUGCACAGCUUUGCUGCAGACAAUGAGGAACUAAAACAGAAAUGGUUAAAAGUUAUCCAUUUAGCUGUCAAAGGUGAGACAUCAGAAUGUCAAAAUGAACUGCAAGUGAAUUUAGAAGAACAACCCGAACCUUCUAAAACAUCUGAAUGCUGAAGCCCAAGAACACGUGGUGUUUUUAAAAUAUUCAAUUGAAUUUGUGGUUAACCUUUGAGGAAGGCUAACCUCUUAACCUUUCUUUGCUCAAUCAAACAAAAAGAAAAAAACAAAAACAGAACUUCUUACUACCAUAUAUGUCUUAGCACUUUAUGUUUGGGAAAAAUUCUGGUCUUUCUUAGGGAUUUCUUUCGUAUAUUUAUGUUCUGUCAAGAAGAGUGAUGUACAGGUCCACUUCAGAGACUUUUAAAAAAUGUGAAUACUAUUAAUACCUACUAACUUUACCAUUCUACUUGUUGAUUGUGAUGCAGAUUUUCUUUUUGGAAGUUGCUCUUUGAUUCAUGUUUGCUACUAUCAUCAUGAGUGCAAAUACUGAAGCUUCCUGCUUACGUAUUAGGAGUUGCAACAGGAUAAAAGAUAUACCUCCACAUUGCCAAAAUAGAUCUGUAGUUAAAUAUACAGGGAUAGUUUGGUUUAAUGUAAGUAGUUUGUAGGCUGAAUUCCACAGAUCUGUACAUAUGUUGUAUUCAUUUGUUUCUUUUUAAUUAAAGUAAUGUAAAUUGCUUUUACAGGUAUACUGGCUUUUAAAGUUUCAGUUUAUCAAGAAAACAAUAUAAUGAUUUUCAGUCUAGAAAGGAAUACAUAAAAGAUGAGAAGUAUAUAAUAUAUGUACAGUGUUAAAAUGUACAAUAUUCAAUUUGUGCUCUUAUUUCCUGAGACUGGGUUCCUGUUAAUGAAUAAUUUAUUUAAAAAGCAUGUUUUCUAUUUGAAAUUAAACUGUCCUAAAUUAGCAAAUACUGUUCAGUGAUUUGUUUUAAUAGCUGACACUUAAUGAUCUUGAUAUUUUUAUGCAUUAAAAAAAAUAGCAGUAACAUAAGUGGCAUGCAAUGGACAAAUAAGUUCCAGUUGUGUUUAAAAGAGAAGUCAUUUUUCUUCAGUGUCCUACCACUGUUAUCUUAUAAGAGUGCAGCAGUUCAUUACUAAAAUGCAGAAUGCAGAUUGAGAUAAUCAACAGAUUCUGUUAAUCUUCUGGGAACAGGUAUUUUUGUUAUUACGGUUAUUGGAACGAAAUAACAUUUUGAACCUAAGCAUUGUGAUUUUUUGCAGAAAACUAGAUACUAUACUACUUAUUUAUGACAGCAGUCUCCAACGAUCGCUGUUGUAAUAUGGAGACUGCUUUAUAUGCAUUUAGUAUGAAAUAUGAGCCUGCAAAUCUUGAGGAAGGGAAUUAUGUAAGUUCUACACUCAGCUUAUCAUGAGAGCAUCCAGAAGUGUUACUACUCAGUAUAACUGCUGUCCAUAUUUUAAAACAUAAGACGAUGAAGCGCUCAGGUUUAAGUCCAGUUUUGUUGGUAACAUGAGGGCAGAUUUCAGUUACCACUUUUUAUAAUGAAAUUUCCAAAUGAAGUGUUGACUAAACUCCUACUUUACUCUUUUCUUCAACACUAGAAAAAAGUGCUUAUUUUACUUAACACUUAACAAAGGAUUGUUACAGUAAACGCUGUUUUUAGCAUUGUACGCACCUGAGUACACAGCACUUGCCAUUUUUCAGUAAGAAAGUCACAACUUCAUGUUAGUAGGCUGGAUUUUGCUCUCACCUGCACAAAUCCAAAAUUUACAAUGGCUUUUAGACUUCAAAGCUUUACACUAGCGUUGGUAAUAGUCAAGGCAUGGCAUUGCCGGGCGCUAAUCCUGCUGCUUACUGUGCAUGUCAGUUCUGAAUUCUUCCGUGGGUGCUCCACCUGUUCAGAUUACUAUGUUUGUAAGCCUAGUACUGCUUUUAUCUGGAAUGCAAGCUCUUCUGUAAUUCUUUGCGAGGUGAUAAGUUACUUCUACUUCCAGCUGUAUUCACCUGUAGUUAUGGGCAGCUUAAGGUGUUUAGGGUUUGCGUUGCUAAGUUCCAUCAAAUCUUCACUCGGGUCUGUGUAGCAGCGUGCUGCAUCUUGUGUGUACCUUGGCAAGAGAGAGGGGAACAUUCAGACAGACAGAGAGAGCUCUCUUAGAAAGGGGGGUGUCUCCUGAAAGAGUCUCCAGUGCACAUGUGGGAUCUGCAGGGUCACCUUUUUAUACAACCUCAUGUAUAAAAAAAUCACUUCCUACAUUCAAGUUGUAGAGGGGUGAAUCUACCUGAAAAAGAGACCCUUGCCUUAAAAAAUAAGACUGACUGAAUGAUACUCAAUGUGGUGAAACAGUUGCAAUCAUUUACUACAUUCUGUAUUCUGAGAUCUUGCAAAUUUAAUUCUGAGCCAAAUAGGAAGACCCAUUUCCAGCGAAAUAAUUAGGAGAACAUUAGAAGCAGCAAUUUCUGGGCUGCUUUAUUGUUAUGGUGGUAUUGACUAUCUGAAGCUGCUUCAGUGGUUUCAACAUAUCCUAGAUUAAGCUCUGCAUGUGGACAUAAUGUGGAAUUAAAUUAGCAUUGUUAUUAUAUUAUUAGCAGUAGUUACUUAUUUUGAUUUUAGCUUCAUGUUCUAUUUCAACAAUUAAAGUUUAUACAGUGGAAUAUUUUAUUUACCCUAGCAAAAACUCAUUCAUGUUCUCUUAAUUGCUUGGUCAGAAUUACUACAUUCUGACUGAGAAGAUAAUGGCACACAAAUGGGUGGUUCUCUGUGUAUGAGAAGUUGCUUCUAGAUUUAACCACCUUAGCAGUUUUAUGCCAUUCUCCACAGGUCAUCUCCCUGCCUAUGGUAUCCAAAGCUUGUUCUUAUAACUGCAAAGGGAAACAUAUUAAGUAGUAAGCGCUGUGGCUGAAGUGUCAUGACCAAAGCAGUCAAAGCCAUCGUUCUGAUACGGUGUAGGCUGUUCCCAUUUCAGCUGAUUGUUAUUUUUUUAAGUAUUUAUUAGCAUGAAACUAUGUGUGUGAGGAAAACAAAACAUAAGUGAGCAUUCAUUCAUAAUACAUGAAUGUAUGUGAGUCGCUCUGCUGCAUUAUUUAAACUGAGUUUCAAUUCUCGUGUUCAGGAAAUGCUCACUUCUACCUAAGACUGAUCAGCCUACAGUGCAAUUUGAAACAGAUGAAGCAAUUCUGUGUGAUUUGUCUGUGUUCAAACACAAAUUUUUACCAUGAUAUUUGUUUGGAGCAUAUUAUAUUUUCAAAAUGAUAUGAUAUUUUUCGCCCUGUUAUGGAAAGAUAAUAUAUUAUGAUGUCUACAUCAUUCUUCCGGGUCCCAUAAAAAUUGUUUUUGGUAUCAGGCAGUUGUGCUUAGUUGAAGAGCUGCUGUAAAACUGCUAGCAUCUAGUACGUUCAGAUCACUUUACAUUGAAUAGUUCUGUUUAUUCCAAAAGGUGUUUAAUUUUUAUGUAUAAAACAGAUAUUGAGAAUAAAAAAACAUUAUCUUCUAUUUGGAGCAGAAUAUUAAACUGUUUAAAUGCAUGUAAUAUAGUGGCACCUUUUUUUAUGCAAAACCAUCUUGAAGUGCUUUAUCAGUCUUCUCUAAAUCCCUUUUAUAUAAAAGAGGCUUAUUAUUCAUGUUUAAAAUAUGGAUGAAACCAAGGCAUGGAUUAAAUGUAGAAUAAAUACACUAUCACUUGCAUAAGUUUUAGUUGAGGUUAAGAAUAGAUGUAUAUUCUAAAGAGCUCUGAGUGGAGUCAAGAGAAAAAAAAAGAUAAAUAUAUAUACACUUUAAAAUGUCUGGAAAGGAUGUGGAAGCAUCUGACAGGUUCUUGGGGACUCAGGGGAUUCACUGUGUUUUUCGUUUUUUGUUUCUUUUUUUAAGUACUUCUCACCAUACAACUAGUAUAAAAACUGGGCUGCUUUUCAUAUCGUGAUUAAAUAAAAUGAACAAAUGGCUGUGGUUCCUUAUACUGAAGAAAGGGGAUUUCAAGAAAACAAUCAGGCAUUUCACGUAGAAAUAAUUUCUGAGUAAUUAAAAAUGAGCUUUAUCUGUAGAUAUAUUUUGAAAUCCUUAGCAGGUGUAAACUAUCAUAUACCUGCUAGACUUAAAUACUCAUGGAAUCUACCUUACAUUUUAUAAAGACAUGGGUGGAAAAUCAGUCUUACUCUGCUUUAAGACCUGCUGACUUCCUGACUUCCAGGUGCAUCACAGUGCUCAGCUGAGCUUCUGAGGGGUUUCACUUGGAGACAGUUGGUGUAGGAGUGAGUGGAGACAGAUGAUAAUCUGAAAGUGAUUGGAGUAAAGAAGGAAUUUUGUGGCAGACUUAACUAUCCUUAAGAUAAAUCCAUCAAUAAAAGGGGGAUCAGUCUUAAACUGUGGUGUACUCUUAUUUGGAAUUUGAACCAAGAUAUAUGGAGUGAUGUUUUUUCUUCAUUCUGUGGCCCUAUUGGUAUGAGGAAUGCACCCACAGCUGACUUAUAGGGCUGUAGUGAAGCAUGUGUCUUGGAUGAGUUUUAAUCUGCUAGUCAGAUUGCUUCUUAAAUUCCUUUUCCGCUAACAGAUCAUAAUUGUAACUUCUUGUCUAUGGAUGUAUACGUACACAUAUGUAUCUGUGUGUAUGUAUAUAUAUGUGUGUGUGUCUGUAAUGAUUGAGACUAUUGUUCAUAUGACCUGCUUCAAGGAGUAUUUUACAAUCAGAAACACACUGUGCUGCAUUCAAAGUAUAAUUGACUGUAUUGAUUGUGUUGAGCAUGCUUUUCAGGAGAAAGAAUUAACAAAAUUAGACCUCCUUCUAUGGCGCGAUUACUGUUUCCAACUAUAUAAAACCAAAACAGACUAAAUCCAGUAAUGCAUUCAGGCUGCUUCCUGUAAAACUUCAUGAUUACAAUUAGGCCCAGAUUCAUCCAUGGCAUUUUGCUUUCAUCCCUUCAUCCUAACACAAGAGAAUGUAGAACUUAUUUUCUCUGUACUAAAAUUUCAGCAGGUUUCCAUCAACAAAACAUAUUUUCAGCCCCUGUAUAAAACCAACCUACUUUAUUUUGUAGUUCAUCCUUUGUAGAUUCAUUAACUAUGGUAAAAGCAUUCAGAAAAAGUGGGGGAAUUGUGUCAAAGCAUUUUUGCAAUAAUGUGCCCUAAGAAUUCUAAGAAAGAAGGCAGAUUUGUUGGAUGCAGGCAAUUGUUUGCAAUAGAAAUACUGUUGUUGUGUUGUUGUUUUUUUUUUCAAUUAGCACAUUCCCUAUUCUGCAACCCUCAAGGCAUGUUAAUACAUUAAUUUUAGUGGGAGCUGGAUCAGCUGUAAUGUGACAUCAGAAUUACAGGCUAUGCACUGUAAUUCCCCUUUAUUACGAAAACAUUAUUUCUGGUUUUAAUUAAGAAACACUUUUUGUUUGUAAAAAUAGUAAUAUUUGGAAGAGGUGUAAAUUUAUUCUGGUUUUGCAAAUAAACUGAAGAAUAUUUAAAAGGUGAGAUUUAAAUGACGUUCAAAGUUGUGCAAAUGUAAGUGGUCAUUUUUAUGGUCAAAAAUAUAUGAAUGUAAAAUAAUUGCAGAUAUUGUAUAUACUUUCUGUAAUAUAUGUAUAUUUGGUUUUAAGGUGGGUGGAGAAUUGUAAAAAGUAAGCACUUUAAUUUCCAUUGAGUACUUAGAAAAAAAAAAAUCCUGUAAAAUAAAAGCAUCAUUAAAUAAG